AUGGCCCCGUCGCCGCCCCUUUCCGCGGCCCCGUCGCCGCCUCCCCCCUUUCAGCGGCCCCGUCGCCGCCCUUUCAGCGGCCCCGUCGCCGCCCUUUCAGCGGCCCCGUCGCCGCCCUUUCAGCGGCCCCGACGCCGCCCUCUCAGCGGCCUCGUCGCCGCCCUUUCAGCGGCCUCGUCGCCGCCUCUUAGCGGCCUUGUCGCCGCCCUUCAGCGGCCCCGUCGCCGCCCUUUAGCGGCCCCGUCGCCGCCCCUUUCCGUGGCCCCGUCGCCACCACUUUCCGCGGCCCCGUCGCCGCCCCUACUCGGCCUCGUCGCCGCCCCUUUCGGCGGCCUCGUCGCCGUCCUGCAGCGGCCCCAGCACCGCCUCUGCCACUGCACUGCCCUACCCCACUGUGCUCACUGCCUGUCUACUGCUGUCAUGGCCACCCUCAGUGUUCUCACCUUUGACGCUGAGGGUCGUGCUGUUGACUUUGAGGUCUGGGUAGAUGAUAUGCAGCUUUUCCUACAGUGCGAUAGAACAGACGGUCUCUCCCUGUUUGACCUCACCUCUGGUGCCUCUCGUGCCCCUGCUGCUGAUGCUGACGCCACUGUUCGCUCACAGUGGGCCACGCGCGAUGCUGCUGCUCGCCUUGCUGUGCGCCGCCACUUACUGACCGCUGAGCGCGCGCAUUUUAGUCAGUACAUGAGUGCUAAGACCUUGUACGGCGCUGUCGUUGCACGCUACUCUUCCCCUGCCACUGCUGCCCUUAGUCGCCUCAUACUGCCGUACCUCUUCCCUGACCUCGCCGCUUUUCCCACAGUCGCUGACCUCAUUACGCACCUUCGCACUAGUGUCAUUCGCUACCGCGCUGCGCUUCUUGCAGAGUUAUGCGCCAAGAACCCCCCCCCUAUGUACAUCAUCCUCUACUACAUAGUCACCCGACUCCCUGACACCCUUCGCUCGGUCAGGGACCACUUCUUCUCUGUUUGCCCCACCACCCUCACCGGUGACCUCCUCGAGGAGCGCCUCCUAGCAGCAGAAAAGAGUAUAGUCGCUGUAGGAGCCUCUCGUGGUGACCCUCGUACCCCUGUCUUUGAGGGGUGCUCCCCCUCCCCCCUCUUGCCCUUUGUUGCCUCUGCUGCUGCGGCCGACCUCGUUGGUCUUGAGUCGGUCGGCGCGGCGUCUGCCCCUAGCGGGAGACGCCGCUCAGGCAAGGGCAAGGAGGGCAAGGGCACUGGAGGAGCUGGCGGGGGCGGUGGAGGCGGCGGUGGAGGCGACGGAGGGGGUGGGGGUGGCGGUUUGAGUGGUGGCGGGGGUGGGGGCGCUAGUGGCGGCAGUGGAGGCGGAGGAGGCGGCAGUAGUGGCGGUGCGGGCGGAGGUGGCGGAGGUGAAGGCGGUGGUGGAGGUAGCGGCGGCGGAGGUGGAGCUGUCUAG